AUGACCAGAACAUCGUCAUUCGGUAAGCGCCGCAAUAAGACCCACACUUUGUGCCGGCGCUGCGGAUCCAAGGCAUACCAUCUCCAGAAGUCCACCUGUGGGAAAUGUGGGUACCCUGCUAAGCGCAAGAGAAAGUAUAACUGGAGUGCCAAGGCUAAAAGACGAAACACCACUGGUCCCAGCUUUGUGUCAUCCCUCAUGAAAGAGCUAGAAGAUAACUGCAAAGUUUGA